AUGGCUGCCCAGUACCUCAGCAAACCCAGGACCAGACACAGGCUUGCAAACCCCAGAGAUUCCCAGCUGAGACUUGUCUUAGUGGGUAAGACUGGGGCAGGAAAAAGCGCAACAGCAAACAGCUUCCUCAAAGAGAAAGUGUUUCUGUCUAGCUUUUCAGCUGUAUCCAUCACCAAGCACUGUAACAAAGGAAGCAGCACUUGGAAGGGGAGAGAAGUUUUCAUCGUGGACUCACCUGGCCUCUUUGACAUGAAGGUCUCAGAUCCUGAGACUCGCAAGGAGAUUACCCGCUGCAUGGUGCCGACCUCCCCGGGGCUUCACGCUCUGCUCCUGGUCAUCCCACUCGUCCGCUACAUGCCUGAAGACCAGAAAGCCACAGAGAAGAUCCUGACAAUGUUUGGAGAGAGAGCUAAGGAACACAUGAUUGCCUUAUUCAAAGAUGACUUAGCCGGCAUGGAUUUCCAUGAUUACUUAAAGCAUGCUGCUACAACCAUCCAAGAGCUGAUUCGCGAGUUCAGAGAUCGCUACUGUGUUGUCAACAACAAGGCCACAGGAGCUGAGCAGGAAAACCAGAGGGAGCAGCUGCUGGCCCUGGCCCAGGAUGUGGUGAACAAGUGCAAGGGGAGAUACUACACGAAUAGCCAGUAUCAGAAGACCAAGGAGGAGAUUCAGGAACAAACCCAAGCGUUACAAGAAAAUUACAGAGAAGAGCUCGAAAGAGCAAAAGCUCAGAUAAAACAGGAGUUCAAAGAGGAAAUCAGAAAGCUGAAGGAUGAACUAGAACAGCAAAAGCGGAAGGCGGAAAUGGAAAGGCGAUUGGCAGAAAUGGAGGCUCACCGGGUUUCAAGGCAGCAAACAGCCAGGGAUGAUGUUUUGAGUCAGAAUAAGAUACUUGAAAUCAUCUUCAUCUUGUUAGAGGCUGCUUCCUUUGUCUUCUCUCUGUUUAAGGAUUAA